GCUGACGAUAUAAUGGCAGAAGACCAGGCUCAGUUUGAUGACUCCAUCUUGUCGGAAGAUACAGCUUCCGGUUUGUCGCCAAAUAUUAUCAGACUUAUGAGGCUGUGUGGUCACAAUACUACACCCUACUCUAGCCACGCCUUAAACGAGGCAGUUCACCAAGCUUGUCGUUUAGGCCACGCCGAUCUACUCCCGUUCCUCCUCCAAGAUGGCGCCCGACUGGAACUCAGAGACGCCAACGGAAACACUCCUCUUCUCAUUUCCUCCGCUAGCGGUUUUCCGAGCAUUGUGGGUAAACUCUUGAGCAUGGGUGCUGACGUCAAUGCUAAAAAUAACAAUGGAGAUACUGCGCUCAUGCUGGCGACGUCAAUGGAAGUAGUGCGGUGUUUGCUUGGAGACACACGCCUACACCUAGAUGAACAAAACUCGACUGGGAAUACUGCUUUAAUGUCAGCCAUCAGCGCGUUACAUCUCCAGAAGGUGCAAUUGCUGAUCAAUGCUGGAGCUAACCCAGAGACAGAUAAGUUAAACAACUCAGGAGAAAGUGCUUUGGUGAUUGCCCAACAAAGGGGAUUGCGUAAACUGCUGGGGUUGCUGUAUCGCGCCUAUUUGCUCAAGGUAAUUCCCUUGCAUUUAGCAGACGCCGAGACUUGCAUGACGUUACUGAAGUAUAAUUUAUCUGAAUGGAAAGACUUCUUAAAACUUCGGCCUGACGUUGUCCGUCGUGUUGUUCAACAAAGCAUCGAUGUUAGUACAUCUGAUGUAGCGUUUCUUCCAGAGUUUAGCAGGCUGGGGAUAGAUGUCAGUAGUGUUCAGCAGUGCAGGAUGUCUCCCAUACAGCAUAUGAUACACACCGGAAGCUGCGAACAGGCUGAAACUCUUUUAGCUAACGGAGCUGAGGUCACCCACGACGAUCUUGUGCUCGCUGUUCAAGAAAAACAAGUUCAGAUAAUUCCGCUUCUGAUCAACCAUAAGGCACCGGUAAAUAAAUACGAUCGGCUGUGUCGGUUCACUUUCAAAGAUUCUGCUCUUCACCUAGCUUUGAGGAAUUCCAUGUUGGAUACUGCCGGCUUCCUUGUUAACCACGGUGCCGUCCUCGACCCCGAGUGUGCUGUCUUUGAAGCCUUAUGGGACAGGAAAGUGGAGACGUUAAGAUUUCUUCUGAAGGAUUGCGCUGCAACAACUAAGGCUGUUGUUCAAAAACCAGAGACUUUGAUCGAAGCUGUACAGAAGGGAGACAUUCAGCUCAUCCAGCUUCUGUUAGACGCAGGGGCGGACAUUGACGGGGUCUACAGAAAAAGGACUCCUUUAAUGAGCACCAUGCGUAUUGAAGUCAUCAACUUUCUAUUGAGCAAAGGAGCCAAUGUCAAUUUUAAAACGAACACAACACCUUUGAUCAACGCCAUCUCUUGGGAUUAUACCACAAAUAUGCUUUCAAUUUUUUCCAGGAAACUAAGCAGCGAAGAGAUUAUUGAGAACAUUUUGCUAGUCUUAGAAACGUUGCUGACAAAUGGGGCGAAUUUGGAAGGCACCGAUGACCAUGGAAGAACGGCACUGAUAGCAUCCGUCCAAACUAAGUUGAGCCUCGAGGUUCUCAAAUACUUGCUGAAUAAGGGAGCUAACGUGAACCACUCAGACAAUAAUGGUUGGACUGCACUCAACCUUGCAGCGAAGACUCACAAUUUAGCUUUUUCGCACUUACUGUUGAAACACAGCGCAGACGUUGACUUAAAAACAUAUUCUGGUCACACGCCCCUGCACAACGCUAUAGGAAAUAGUCAUCUUGCUGAAUUGCUUCUUGUUUAUCGAGCGAAUGUAAACGCCAGGGACGAGUCAGGAGACACGCCGCUGUUACUUGUGUCGAAUUAUACGUGCGGUUUAGAGCAAAUCGCUAAGCUUCUGAUCGACCACGGCGCCGAUCUCAACAUCAGAAACAAUGCUGGCAUGUCCGCUCUAGAUCUGGCCACCGAAAAAUUCAACACAAGGCUCAUGUGUUUGUUGAUCGAUUCGAAAGCUGAUUUGGGUCGAGAUGACAUGCAACGAAAGUCGAUUCUGUCCAUACUGCUCAGUCAUGAAACCCCCACAAAAAAUGUCCAGAAAACAGCCGCAUACUUGUUGGAUCAAGGGAUUAGUGCAGAUCUAGUCAGGCGAGACAUCAUUCAACGGCUCAUUGAAGCUGGCAAUGACGGAAUUCUGAUACAAAAAUUAAUAAAGUCCGGAGUUACUCCAAUGGACAUUGUUAUAACUAUCUCUGGUUGGCCCGAAACUUUAGUAUCGCCACUUGCUGUUUCCUUAGUUCUAGACAGCCUGGACUUCGCCAGCUAUUUUUUCGACAAUUGGUACUUAACAAAAUCAGACGUCCAACUGAUAUUCAGAAAUAAAAACAUCUUCAAUUACUUGCAAAAACGUAAAGCUAAAACUCUUUCGUAUCUGGAGAAAGUUUCCCGCCAGCCAUUGAGAUUGGAGCUUUUGUGCUUCAUUACCGUCUCGUCUGCUUUAGGUUCAGACCAAGGCAGACGUCAAAGGAUUCUCAGCUCUAAACUUCCAGCCGUAGUGCAGAACCAGCUAAUGUUCUCAAAACUAGAGCACAAGGUCCUAAAACCAGUGUCUGCUGAUGCGCUCAUUAUUUGUUAUGAACUGUUUAUUAAAGAAGUUAUUAUUAAGUUCAGGACAUCGCCUGAUUUGUCUUGAAUUGACACUUACUACUCUGGGGGUAGUACUCACAUUCCCAGAGCCUUUUUUUUUUAAAUUAUUAUAUAAACAUAUACAUUUUUAAUUGAUAUAAAUUCACUUACAAUUUGAGCUAUUGUAUUAAAUUAAGAUAAUGUCAAAAAACAUAGUCCAGGUAGAUGUAUAUAAGACAGUCUUACUCGCCGAUAACAGAAGUUAAUAGAAUGGGGCUUCUGAAAAAUAAAAACACAACUGGAUAUAUUCUAAAUUCGUUGAUCCAUAAACUACCAUUAUGUGGUAGAAUGCGAUAAUAGUACCGGUAAUUGUGUGUCAUAUAUGAAAGCUGCAAUCAUUCUAGAAUCGUUUUUGCAUAAAAAAACAAAAUUCUAUCUGCACAUUACUCGAUACAGCUUGGGAUCAGGCCUCGGACAGGACUCUAGACACUAUUUUUUAGUGAAGAAACAGCGAAACUUGUACCCUAAGUUAUUAUAGGAGUACACCAGUCUUUUAUUUUUUGUCGCAGUUUAUCUGUUAUCUUUCUAUUUCAUUUGGGGGCCAGCAAAUUCACUUCACAUAGGGCCUACAAAUUAUCCAGGGCCGGCUCUUUUGAGAACCACUGUGCUGUAUUAUAUUUGUUUCCAGACUGUAUACCAUAUUUAACAGUAUGUUGUAAACGAGAUAUGUUUUCUACAUUAUUGUUCUUGUUACUAUCUUGUAUUUCUUAUACCGGUAUUUAUACAUUUUAUUUCAAAAACUGUUCUAACAAUUCUAUUAAUAAGUUCAGUGUCAUAUAUAUAUAUAUAGAUGAAUUACAGAAAUGGGAAUCAAAUUGAAGCAUGUCUUUCCACCCAGAAAAAUGUUAGUUAUUAAGAGUAACAAAAAAACUAAAACAAAUUAAUUCCACUUAUCUUAUUCAUGGUAAACCAGUAACACAAACUAAAAACGCAAAAUACCUAGGUGUUAUAAUAAAUGAAAAACUGUCAUGGAAUACCCAUAUUGAUGAAGCUAUCAAAAAAUCAAACAAAGCAUUAGGAUUUACCGUAUUAAAAGAAAUUUCUAUAUAUCAAAUAAGAACAUAAGACUAAAAUGUUAUUUAACCUUGGCCAAUAAUAGAAUAUGCACGCUCAGUUUGGGACCCCUCAACUCAAGAAAACAUUAAGAAACUGGAACAGACACAAAAUAGAGCAGUGCGAUUCAUAACAAACGAAUAUUCACAUUUGACUCGAGUAACACCUUUAGUAAAAUCACUAAAUUUAGAAAGCCUUCAAGACAGAAGACUCAAAAGCAAAGUAGCCACUAUACAUAAAACACUGAACCAUAAUCUUCAAAUACAAAAACAAAAUUUAAUAAAAUACUCAGAAAGCCCCAAAGAUAAAGGCACAUUCCUCGUCCCAUAUGUUAGGACAAAUUUGUACAAAUACUCCUUCUUCCCUAGCGCUAUUAGAGCAUGGAAUGGAUUGCCUGAGCUAGCCAGGAAAACCAGUGACUUGGCAGAAUUUAGGUCACUGGUUAAUAUGCAUGACUAAAUGCUUGACGCGUAGGACGUAAUCAUCUUCUUUUUUGAAGUAACGUCUGUAUUAUAUAAGGUACAUUAACCAAAAAAUGUAUUUGGCCGCAUCGGGCAAACUCGAGGUCGACCAUUAUGUUUAAAAAUCUUUUAUUAUUGUAAAUUUAAUUUUGGCUACUAAUAUAUAUCUAUAUAUAAACGUACAAUACCACCAAGUGACUGAUUCAUUGAUCAAGAAAUUUUUUAAACUGUCGUACGGAUCUUUCUAAACAGUUUCCUUACCUCCUAGGAACUCAUUAAGAACCGGAUUUGACAAAUUGCAACCUGACGACCGCUAUUCGCAUAAAAAAAAACAAAAAACCUCAAGCUUUCUAUCGAACCCUUGUAUUUUAUUUUCGGUUUUCCCCAAAGGCCGCAGUCUACAAAAAACAAGUUUUAAUAAAUCAAUUAUAUAUAUGUGAGUAGGUUUUGGAAGAGCAUCUGAAAUCUAUUUUUAGACAUUGUUAAAGUACAAAUGAAAAGCGACGAAUACUUAGUGAAUUGCACUUUAAGACUUAGACGUGAAUAUUCUUUUUAUUACGGUAUACAACUCUUGUGCUUCUAGCAUGCUCAGAGAGUAAACUCCCUUAUACAACACAUUUUGGGGGGGGGGGGGGCGGAAACAGGUUUCCGUGCUGACUUUAGACGAUUAGGUUAGUAAACACAACUUUGAUGCUCAUGUCAGGAUUGAAAUUCGGGCCCACUUGAUAAGUAGCCAAGCGACUCUUGUCACUUUACACCGUACACUUUAUAGCAAGCCUUAUGUACUGGUAUGUAAUGAUACAUACAAGUCGCUUUAUAUUUGCGUUACCUUCUUAUAUCAUAUCUUAUAUCAUAUCUUAUAUCAUAUCUUAUAUCAUAUCUUAUAUUAUAUCUUAUAUUAUAUCUUAUAGCAUAUCUUAUAGCAUAUCUUAUAUCAGCUUAUUCUGUCUGGUACAACUUUUGUACACAUUAUUUUUAUUAUGUAGAUACUAGGAUCAAAUUGAAAUUUUUAAAAUUUUGUAUCUUAUAUUACAAUUUUUUUUAUUUUUUUUUUUUUGAAUAGAGAAAAUAUAAACAAUCAAAUGACAAUAAUGUAGUUCAUGUUUUCAAUUGUAAAUCAAUCUACAAAAGUUUGUAAGAGAGGUGUAUGUUAAAAAGAAUAAUGAAAUUACAAUCAAUUAGUGGUCAUGAAUUUAUGUUAUUUAUAUAUAGAAUAAAAAAGAAGCGCAUUCCCAAAGAAUUAAUGUAUGGCAGCGUGUUUUUUUUUAUAGUUAUCCCCCUUUGAUAAGAUUUGUUUGUUUUUUUAAUAUAUAUUUUAUACAUAAUUUUGUUUUUGUUUUAAA